CCCCGCCUUUUCCUCUGAGACUGACCAAUGGCGUUCAGCUCCCAAAGUCGCGCAACAUUUCCUUUAUCCCGUCCACCUUUGUUUGGACGAUAUUUAUAUUGUUUUCUUCUAAAUAUGUAAAAUUUAAAAUCAUCCCUUCGCGAUUUUCUUUGUUUAAUCGGAUCAUUCAAAGCUUCGCUUUAUUUUUAGAAAUCUUUCCGACGUCUCCAUGGAAGCCCGCUAACGACAGCGAGCUGGCUGACGUUACAGGAGCUAACUUUAGCUAGCAGCCUAGCUGUGUGUUUCUAGUGUUUUUGUUUUGAAGAAGAAAGUUUUAAAGAAAAAAAAGACCUCCAGCCUUUAUAAAAUGACGUCAGCCUCUGCAAAGGUGGGGGAGAUUUUCUCAGCAGCAGGAGCUGCCUUCACCAAGCUGGGUGAGCUGACCAUGCAACUGCACCCGGUGUCAGACUCCAGCCCUGCAGGAGCCAAAUGGACGGAGACUGAGAUUGAGAUGCUGCGUUUGGCAGUACGUCGGUUUGGAGACGAUCUUAACAACAUCAGCACUGUGAUCAAAGAGCGCACGGUCGCUCAGAUAAAGAGCACAGUAAAGAGGAAGCUGUACGAGGACAGCCGAGUCCCCAUUUCCUCCGAGUCCCCGAAGAAGACGGUCAAGAAAACCGCUGUCUCCAUGGCGCCGACGGCAGCUCCGGCUGCUCCUGCCAUGAUCGCUGUGCCCACCUCGCAGGUUGUCGUAGCGACGGGCAUGCAGAACAGCCCUUCUCUGGCCCCGCCCAUCAAGAAACAGAAGACGGCAGACGUGACGCUCAGCGCUCUGAAUGACUCGGAUGUGAACAGCGACCUGGUGGACAUCGAAGGACUCGGCGACGGCACCUCCAACAAGAAACUCAACUUUGACCAAGAGAGCCUGAACCUGGACUCCAGCCUCAUCAUGAACUCCAGUGACCUCCCCCUCUUGUCUCGCUGACCUUUGACCUCUCAGUUGACUCUCAGCACUGCAAAAACAUCCAGAAAUGUCACGUUGAAAAACAUGUGCUUUUAUUUUUUUAUUUUACAAAGGCUCCUUAUCCUCUGUUACUCUCAUUGACAUCUCCCUGAUGUUCAUUUGUUAACGUGAGUCUCUACGUGGCUUAGAAAUUCAACGUGUAAAAAAACAACAACAAAAUUGUUUAUUUUGAAAUGUUACGUUGAAUAAAAAAAAAAUAAUCAAUGUUUUAGUUUUCAGACCAGCUUCUGAGUUCUGAAAAGUUUUAGAAGUCAGUCACAAAGCCUCAAUCAGUUUUUUACGUCCUGUGUCAUUAAUCAUGAAGAAUCACGUCAAGCUACAGAUCAGUGUUGACUUCAUCAGCUGCUUUUAAAGUGUGGAAAUCUAAAGGAACAGUGGCGUCUCCCUUCACAUUAGUUAUUUGGGCUCUCUGCACUAAUACAUUAAUCCCUCAAUUUAAAUAUUGUGCAUCAACCUGUAGCCUCGCUCUAGAGGUGUGUAAUCUGUGACGUUAAAAAAAAAACUUCCUGCUGUUCUGACAAUAUUUAUCCAGAGUCACCAAAAAUUAAAGAAUAAAGAAAAUAUUCAGCAACAGUCUGUUAUAAAUUGACCGAUCAGAAUCCAGUACUCAACAAAACCAAUUUAAAAAGUACAUCAUGAUAACAAGAUGUGUUCAAAGAAAAUGUAAUAUAAGUUUGUAUGUGCAACAAUAUGAAAAACCUUUUGAGGAUUCAGGAAAUAUCUGUUUUUAACCAUCAAAGGAAGUUUAGCUCAGUGACACACAAGCAGUACAAAGUUUCCAGGAAGUUCCUCAGAAACUUCUACAGAAAAGUUUUAAAAUGCAACAAUCCUGUAAAACUUAAAGUAAGUCCGCGUAUCAGGGAUGUCCUGAGAAAGAACUCGGCAGUAAAUUAAUAGCAGGAUACAAAUGAUUAAACUGAGGGAAUAAAAUAAGUUUACUGAACAAACAAAUAACUAAUUUUAGCGGAUGUUUUUUCAGAGACCCACCUGAACUUUAAAGUAUAACUCUGGUGUUAUUCUGUAUGUCAACCCCAAGUUUGGACCCAAACCAACAACAUUAGUACUGAAUACUUUCUGUCUGUGGCUCUCAGAUUUUUGGUUCCUACUGAAGACGUAAACAAAAUAUAUACUUUCAUGUUUAAAAAGGUUUAGUGAAACUGCUGCUCACUGUAGUUUUGAUGAGCAUUUGUGGCAUAAAUCAGGCUGUGAUACAACCACAAGACCUGUUCUAGAUACAUUCACUGUUGGUUUGAGUGUCAACAUGAGAUUUAUUAACAAUAAAAAACAUGUAGAAUACCAGCAGACUUGAAUUUGAUAGUUGGCUAUCAUGAUGGCAGUUGCUAAGAGUUAGAAAAUGUAACAUUUUUUUCAAUCAGUGGCUGUGAGUGAUGUAAAAACAAGUUUGAUUAUGUUAAGUAAAACAAACACACCUGUU